AUGAAGAGAGAGCUAGAAUUGCGCGACGAUGCAUUCGACGACUUCGCGCCUUUGAGCACCGCUGGUGACCAUGAUAUCACCCACAAGUAUGUGCUGACGUGCAAUCUUGUUGACAAAACAGAGUUGCAAUGUGUCGAUCUAUCAUGGAAUUCGACAGGUUCUAUGAUUUGUGCAGCCUUUGGGAGGCCCGAUAAAUUCGGUUGGUGCGACGAUAGUGGCAUAAUUUGCUGUUGGUCUUUAUUUCGCGGCGACUUUUGUCCUAGCAAGGCUACGCAUAUCCUCGAAUACGCGUCGUGCUUCACGGUUGUCACCUGCCAUCCGACUCAUCCAUCUCUACUUGCUGCUGGCACCUUUAAUGGAGAAAUAUUGAUUUACGACCUUACCUCUACGCAUGACUCUCUAAAGGCCUCUUCCGAUAUUGAUGAGUACUUCCACCGCGAACCCAUUACAGCACUCCUGUGGCUACAUGUACCAACCUCACCAGGAUCUAAGCAAGGCUCGUACCAGCUUGCAUCUUUAUCUGGCGACGGCAAGGUCCUUUGGUGGUCCCUAGAAACCAUCGAGAACGCAAGUCGCGAAGCUGGAGGCUGCUUGCCGCAUCCGGUGGGGGGCCUUGAGAUAAAGGGACGUGUCCCAAUAAUUGGUGGCACGGCCAUGGAUUUUACCCAAUCAGCAAUUCUUGUUGGCUCGGAGAGUGGUCUUGUCCUUCGUUGCUCACAUAACAAUACUAUUAAGCCAUUCCCAAAGCUACAUCACAUUUUUCCAUCAUCUUGUGGGCCUACUACCGAGUAUGAGCCACAUGUUGGUCCGAUAACAGCGAUCGUGUGCUCACCCUUUCACCGACAUGCCUUUUUGUCUGUUGGUGUUGAUGGGACCCUUUGCUUUCGAUCUAUCCUGCAGAGGUUGCCCUUGAUGUCAGCAUCCCGCAUCUCGGAUAAUGCAGACCGUGGUUGCCUCCCGACCGGGCUUUACUGUGCAGACUGGUCCAAGUUUCGCCCUUUGGUUUUUGCUGUUGCAGGUGAUGGUGGUAUUGUGCGGAUUCAUGACCUUGGUACCGCCCAGCCGAUGAUACCAGUUGCUGAACUUGAGACACCGCCUUCAAAGGCCGCCGCAAUCAACUGCGUGACGCGAAAUCGCAUAUUGGCAGUUCAAUUUAACCCCAAGCAGAGAGACUUUCUAGCUUGCGGCGACUCAGCUGGGCAAGUUCACAUAUGGAAGCUUUCCUGGAGUCUUGCAAAUGCAAGAACGCGCGAGCGUCAGCACCUCCAGGCCUGCGUAGUGCGGCACCAGGAAGCGAAUGUUUGA